GUUCGUACUAAAAGUACGAAAAGGUUAGCCCAAUUUUCUACAAUGCCACUAAAGGUUGUUUGCACUGCACUCUCCAGCUAUAGUCAAGGUAUUCAGAAUAGUUGGUUGGUCUCUCCUUCCCCCCACGUUCGUACUAAAAGUACGAAAAGGUUAGCCCAAUUUUCUACAAUCGCCACUAAAGGUUGUUGCACUGCACUCUCCAGCUAUAGUCAAGGUAUUCAGAAUAGUUGGUUGGUCUCUCCUUCCCCCCACGUUCGUACUAAAAGUACGAAAAGGUUAGCCCAAUUUUCUACAAUCGCCACUAAAGGUUGUUUGCACUGCACUCUCCAGCUAUAGUCAAGGUAUUCAGAAUAGUUGGUUGGUCUCUCCUUCCCCCCACGUUCGUACUAGAAGUACGAAAAAGUUAGCCCAAUUUUCUACAAUCGCCACUAAAGGUUGUUUGCACUGCACUCUCCAGCUAUAGUCAAGGUAUUCAGAAUAGUUGGUUGGUCUCUCCUUCCCCCCACGUUCGUACUAAAAGUACGAAAAAGUUAGCCCAAUUUUCUACGUUCGCCACUAAAGGUUGUUGCACUGCACUCUCCAGCUAUAGUCAAGGUAUUCAGAAUAGUUGGUUGGUCUCUUCUUCCCCCCACGUUCGUACUAGAAGUACGAAAAAGUUAGCUCAAUUUUCUACAAUCUACAAUCGCCACUAAAGGUUAUUUGCACUGCACUCUCCAGCUAUAGUCAAGGUAUUCAGAAUAGUUGGUUGGUCUCUCCUUCCCCCAACGUUGGUACUAGAAGUACGAAAAAGUUAGCCCA